AUGAAAAACGACAACAGAGCAUUUCAUAAAUUUUCAAUUAAUAAUAGAGAGCACUUUAAAAAGUGGAUUGUUGCUAUAAAACGUGAAACAUUUAUUCCUACUGAGCACAGCCGCAUAUGUAGUGAUCACUUUUUACUUUCAAAUUACAAUAUACCUGAUUUUAAUAACAUACCUAAAUUAAAACCUUUUGCUGUGCCAUCUAUUUUUAUUGACUCCAAACCAAAACACAAAAGAAAGUUUAAUUCUAUAUCGCCACAAACAAAUAAAAAGAGACUCGUUAAAAAAGUUUCAGAAACAGGCAGUCACCAUCACAUCGAUUUCCAAUCGCAAAUAUGUGAUAACAAUAAUGUUGCCGCUAAUAGAAACGAAAUUUAUGUUAAUAGUGUUAUUUCAGAAACAACAGAGAGUAUUGAUUGCCAGAUGGAUAUAAAUAGUACCUUAAAUACGAAAUAA